GACAAAACAGGCUAAAGAAGAAACGAUGGACAAUCGAAGCUACUUGAAUCUGCCAGAAAAGCUGCCUGCCUUCUCCGAUUCUGCCCACUUGCCACUGACCAGGUCCUUCUAUCUGGACCCCUUGGUCACUUUCCACCUGUAUCCUGAUGCCCCAGUGCCAUCCCCUUACUCUGAAGACCUGCCAUUGCUGUCUUUUCCCAGCGAUUCCCUGAUCAUGGAAAAUUAUGGUGAACCCUGCCCCUUCUCCUUCCCAGUGCCUUAUCCAAAUUACAGAAGGUGUGAAUACUCCUAUGGGCCAGCCUUUAUCCGGAAAAGGAAUGAGCGGGAAAGGCAGCGGGUAAAGUGUGUCAAUGAAGGCUAUGCCCAGCUCCGACAUCAUCUGCCAGAAGAGUACUUGGAGAAACGACUCAGCAAAGUGGAAACCCUCAGAGCUGCCAUCAAGUAUAUUAAUUACUUGCAGUCUCUUCUGUACCCUGAUAAGGCAGAGACAAAGAAUAACCCGGGGAAAGUUUCCUCCAUAAUGGCAGUCACCAGCCGCCACCCUGACCCCAUUUUUAGAAUCAUUUGA